ACCGGAUUCGUUAAGAUUGCAGAUAAUAAUAGACAGGUUCCUCCCAUACAUCUGAGGGGUGGAAAUAUUCUGCCCAUUGGUUACAACAAAGCAGUCAAUACACAGGUAUUGAGAGACAAACCAAUUAAUCUGGAGGUCUAUCCCAAAGACAAGAAGGCGACGGGAGAUCUGUUUUGGGACGACGGAGACUCUCUCAACACUAUUGAGACAAAACAAUAUAAUUUCUAUGAAUUUCAAUUGUUUGCCAACUGUUCACUACAAUUAAGAGUCAAAACAAAAGGCUAUAACUCAAACAAACAGUUGAGUCAAACCCAGUGUCAAGAGAGAGGAUGUAUUUACGAUCCCGUGAAGGAUAAGCCAGAGAUUCCUUACUGUUAUUUCAAUGCAGCAAAACUCGGCUAUAGAAUAGACUCAACAAAAGACACUGACUUUGGUUUGGAAGCGACUCUCAAAUUGAAAGACUCGGCAAAAGAUACAAAACUUGUCACACAAUUGGAUGCUCUGAAGACUGAAGUCACGUAUUUGACAGAAAACAUACUCCGGGUUAAGAUAUUUGACGCCAAUAACAAGAGAUAUGAAGUCCCCAUUCAUUUGGACACAUCUAUUGGUGGACUGGUAUUUAGUGAUCAGUUCAUACAAAUAGCGAGUUAUUUGCCCUCAAAUAAUGUCUACGGAUUGGGUGAGAAUACACACCCGUCUCUCAGACAUAAUCUCAAUUACAAGACUUGGCCCAUAUUUACAAAAGACAACCCACCGGAUAGUGGUGACCAAAAGAACAACUACGGUCAGCACCCGUUCUAUACAGUACUUGAAUCUAAUGGCAAUUCACACGGAAUUCUGUUACUUAACAGCAAUGCUAUGGAGUACACACUUAUGCCGGCACCGGCAGUAUCUGUUAAGACAAUCGGAGGAAUUCUGGACUUCUUUGUGUUUGUCGGCGAUAAUCCCGAACAUGUCAUACAGUUAUACACAUCACUAAUCGGUCGCACAUUUAUGCCAUCGUUUUGGGCGUUUGNGUUUUGGGCGUUUGGCUUUCAAAUCUCCAAAUAUGGUUAUCAUAACACAAAUAUGGUUAAAGCCGUUGUCGAGAGACAAAUCAAACACGAGGUCCCAUAUGACGUACAAUAUAUUGAUAGCGAUUAUAAAUUUUGGUCAAGAGAUUUCACGAUAGAUCCCAAUUAUUUCAAAGAUUUACCACAACUUAUAAACGAUACUCAAACCAAAUACAAUCUGCAUUGGACUCCAAUCAUAGACCCGGGUGUUCAGGGAAAUGAAGCAAAUUAUACGAUCUUUAGUGAAGGCAACAACAAAAAUGUGUUCAUAAAAUGGCCAAAAAGUGUUCCCAUCCAAGACAGACACAAUCCGGACGGCAUAGACACCACUCACGAUAAUAUGUACGGUCGUGUGUGGCCACCCGGACCGGUAGCCUUUCCAGACUUCUUCAAGAAUGUCACUCAAGACUGGUAUAAAGACUGCUACAAACACUUGUAUGAUAUCGGAUGGAAAUUUAACGGCCUUUGGAUUGACAUGAAUGAGCCGGUCAGUGUAGAGUUCGGUUCGGGGUUUAAUAUUACAUGCCCACACAAUCAAUACGAUAACAUUCCCAUUGAAAUAAAGGCUUAUUGGGUGCAUAACAUGGAUAGAUUGAGCAGGGGCUCACUUUGUAUGAUUGGGGUUCAGGGUAAUUCGGGUGAAUACAAGCACUAUGACGUC